AUGAGCGGCGCGGGCGUCGGGACCGCGCCGCCGCUGUCCGCCGCCGAGGCGCUCUCCACGCUCCUCUGGCAGCCGUACGAGUGCCGCUCGCCGCCCCUCGCGCGCUCUCACACCGAUGGAGCCCUGGCGAGCGGCUUCCGCGGGGGGGCUUCGGCCUCAUGCGCGCCCCAGUCGCCGAGCGGCGGUCGUCAUGCGCGCGCGUCGUACCGCGCUUCUUUCCGCCACGAGAUGCGGCUGCCAGUGCCGGCGCCCGCCCCGCUGCGCAAGUCAGAUUCGGUCUCGGUGCGCGUUCCCGGUGAACCCAGUCGACAAAAUGUGUCCAGUGUGAACAUAGUGCAGGUGCAGGAUACGCCUUCCGGGUGUAAUGUGAACAGUGCGGUGCAGACGGAGAGAGAAAGGAGUGUAGUCAGCGCGGAGUGCCAAACAGAGGAACCAGCGCGGCGGCGGCGGACCAGGCGAGCGCGGGCGCCUCGGGUGCCCGAGCUGGAGAGCGUGCCGCCGCCGCCGUACAGCACUCUGCCGCCGCACAGUGCCCUGCCACAUCAUGGCGGGCUGUCUGUCCACGGCGGUCUGCCACCGCAUGGUGGUCUACCGCCACACGGAGCUUUGCCGCCCCAUGGCGCGCUGCCUCCUCAGGCGCACCCUGUGCCAGUUCCAGUAGGGGUUCAUCCACCUGCGCCUCUCAUCGCUCCACACCCGCCUGCGCAUCGUUUCCCCUUUCAACCGAUACCUCUCAGAUCGGGUCGCGGGGCCGCAUACGCAUGUUCAGAAGCCGAAGGAAACGCCCCCAAGUCGUGCUGUGGCCGACCCCCCUUGAGGCUAUGUGUGCUGUUCCUGGGCGUCGUAGGGGCCUGCCUCGUGGCCGCCGGAGCUGUCCUGGGGGCUCUAAGGCCACACCCGAGGGCCCCCCUCACGCUGUUACUACUCAUGAUAGGCAUAGGAGUAGUACUCGUAACUGCCGCCGGCUUGGCUUGGCGGCUUGGUGCGAGGGACACUCCAUGUGCUUUGCUUGGUCUUCGAAGGGCGUCCUGCCGCCGCCUGGUCCCGAGGCUACCUCCCAGCUACGCGAGACCACACCAUCCGUAUGCGGCCAUGCUGUAUCCAGAAUUCCACUAUAGGCCACCGCCUCCUACUUACCAAGCGUCUAUGCAAGAGUAUAGACUCAGGUUACUUCUCUUAGACAGAAGUGCGCCCGCGGUGUCUCCGCCCCCGACGUACAGAUCAAACGCAGCCAGUCUAGUCAGAGGGUCGACGGGCGCUGCUUGGUGCGGUUCCGAAUACAGCGGUCCACCGUCCUACCGCGCGCCUCGUGUGGAUCCUCCCGUCACCGUCUCGGACGCCCUUCCGUCACUCACACCGCUCGACCUGAAGUACGCAGACGACGCUAUCGAAGCCCUGCCUAAACCCACAGAGCAGGAAAAAGAUCCGGAUGAACAUCUAGUAACAAUAGUACACACCGAUGCACAACCUGUUAUAGUGACAGUAUCUGGGUCGACGGCACUUAAUGAGACACAUGUUCCACCCCCUUCCGAAAUCGACAUAUUAGCGCACUUAUAACGAACUAAAUAUAUAGGUAACUUUUGUGUAUUGAUUAUUUAAAAAGGAAAAAGAACUAACACAACAAAAUUAGUAAUCAAAAAAUACUUUUAAAAAUAUAGAAGAACUAAUUAAUGUACAGUAAAGUUCAAAACAAACACCCGCUGUCAACUCGUAUAACAUCGAAAUCAAUAGUUCUAGGCAGGUAGCUGUCGGCAAUUCGAAAAUAAAUUGAAAUUCAGGAAUCCAAUCACCAAUAAAUUUUAGUUGAAACAGCACACCAUUCAGUCAUAAAGGCAAACAAAACUUGAACGCCGGUAGUUAAAAAACUAGAACAAACGUAUAUACGAGUAUUUUUCAAUAAAAAGUUUAAUUACGGAAUAAAAAAGAAAUGAAAUUUCAUAAAUUGCCGCGACGUCCUGCAUAAUGCAAUUAAAACAUUUUGGGUGUAUUUUUCGAUAACGUCAAGUACCUUAUUUUUAAUGUAGAUAAGUUUGUGUAAAUAUUUAAAAAGCACUGAAAUAUCAUUUCCUUAGGUAUUAAAUUAACAAAUUAUGUGCCGUGUAUAUACGAGUAAUACAAAUUAUAGAGGUAAUAAUAGUUAUUUUCGCAGAUUAAGCAACGAAUGUUGACUAUUUAGACCAAAUCUUCGCCGAGAUGUACAACGUAUUCUUGUUAUUAAUUUAUAUAGUGCCAAUGAUUGUUUAUUAACUGUAAAUAUAAUUUGUAACAAUGUUUAUAGUUUCCAGUUUAGUAAAUAUUGCUAUGCUUACAUAAUUAUAGGAUCUGUAAUUUUCUGUCUAAAACAAAGAUUUUUUUUAUCUUAAUUUAAUUAAGGGACCUUUGUCUAUAAGACAUGUCUUAAAAUAAAGAUAAAUGUCGAAAGAAAUGUGGCUAAACUGAUCGAUAGAUCGCAGACAAAUUAGACAUAAGGGGAUCACUUAAAAGUAGUUUUUCGUCAAUGAGGGAAAAGCAUUUUAUACUUACGGGCAGUAAAUUAAUGAAGAAGAUCGGGAAUACUUACUUACGAGCGGUUAUUAACUAUUUAAUUUAUUUUUUUUAAUUUUGGUGGUAGCAAUCAUAGCUAUCGGUUUAUUCCAAUGUCUCUAUAUUAACGACACAUAUAUAUUCUUCAAUACACCUUCUAUAAGUAAGAUCAUAAUUAUGUUCCUAUUAAUAAGUAUUACAGAUUCAAUAAUUAUGUAAACUCCGGAAUAAAUACUGUUAUUUAUAAAUAUGGAGUUCAUGCAUAAAUUUCGUGGAUAAGUUAUUUUUGUGAUUGCCUUGUAAAUAACGGAUAGUGCCCUGUAAUAAGUGGAAAUAUUAUAAAAAUAUCGAUAACAUACCAAUUGCGUUGCAUUAUAAGUUAAAUCAAUUAAAAGUCUAGUAAUCACACCUUGCUUGCGUGAAUGACUUUCUGAUAAAAAUACUUAUUUAUAAAUCUAUAUUCCCAUGUUAUUUAUGUCAGAUUCAAGUUAAACUUAAAGUGUAAUUCCUCGAUAGGUACCUACAGAUAAAAUAAAUUGAAACUAAACUCUGUAAAAAAAUUAAAUAUUUUUUCUUUAUUAAAAACAUUGGAUUAUUUGGCAUAUUUCAGGAAAGAUAUGUUUUGUCAGUGAUUAUUAUUUUAUAAUGUGUAACAUAAGUACUGUUAAUGUUUACAGAUGUAACGAUAGUGUAAUUAUGGUGUACAUAAAGUUAUUUGUAUUAUAAGAAAUCAAUAAAGAGUUUAGUGAAAACAUAA